GCACAGCCAGUCAGUCACAGGCUCCCUUCAUGCUUAUGUUCGGACGUCUACAAAAUGACCAAAUAACGAAGACUAAGAAUUAGAGGAAGCAGCGAGAUAGGCGGGGCAAGCAUGAGAGCAUUGGGGUUGGCACCAGCAGCGACGCUGUCAUUACGGCAGCACUGUGGAAUCGGACUCAGACUCAAUGCUUUCGCCGUUGGAGGAGGAGGAGGAAUAGAGGUGGGAGAGAUAAGAGAGAGGAGCAAAAGGUGGAUAUGGAAGGACAAAUUUUCCAUUAAUUACUUCUCUGCUUCUCCAGCUUCACAAACUAACACUCAGCAGCCUCGUCUUCCACCCGUUCUUCUUGUUCAUGGCUUCGGCGCCUCCAUUCCUCAUUGGCGCAGGAAUAUUGGCACUCUAGCCCAAACGCACAAUGUUUAUGCCAUUGACCUUCUUGGCUUUGGUGCUUCGGAUAAGCCACCAGGUUUUUCCUAUACCAUGGAGACAUGGGCUCAGCUCAUACUUGACUUCUUGGAACAAAUUGUUCAAAGGCCAGCUGUUCUGAUAGGCAACUCUGUUGGAAGUCUUGCUUGUUUGAUUGCUGCCUCAGAAGAAUCCAGUUCAAGUCUGGUGGCAGGUCUAGUGCUGCUAAAUUGUGCGGGUGGCAUGAACAAUAAGGCCAUUGUGGAUGAUUGGAGGAUUAAGUUAUUGUUACCUUUGCUCUGGUUAUUUGAUUUCUUGUUGAAGCAAAAGGUGAUUGCGUCGGCAAUUUUUGAGCGAGUGAAACAAAGGGAUACACUGAGGAAAAUUCUAUCGUCUGUUUAUGGGAACAAGGAAUCCGUGGAUGAAGAACUGGUAGAGAUCAUUAGUGAACCAGCAAAUGAUGAGGGGGCACUUGAUGCAUUUGUUUCCAUUGUGACAGGGCCACCUGGGCCAAAUCCUGUGCAACUUAUGCCCAGAUUAUCAUCCUUACCAGUUUUAGUUUUGUGGGGUGAUCAAGACCCUUUCACCCCUCUUGAUGGGCCUGUUGGUAAGUACUUUGCUUCCUUACCCUCACAUUUCUCCAAUGUUAGCCUCUUCGUGUUAGAAGGAGUAGGACAUUGUCCCCAUGAUGACCGACCUGACUUAGUCCAUCAAAAGCUGCUUCCGUGGUUGGCUCAUCUUCCUCUUUCAUAAAUCACGAAACAUAAAUUUGCAUAACAUUCUUUCUUAUUACAAUCUUUUUCUAGUUGAUCAAUAUAGUAUAUGUAAAAUGUAGCUAUCUAAUUUAUUUGGUUUAUUCCUCCAUAGUACAAAUUACUAUGCCUCUAAAGCCACAUUAUUUAGUAUGUAAUCUGAAUCAGGAGUAAAUAAAUGGUGUUCCAAAGAGCACAAUUAGUUGGAAGAUCC